AUGAAUCGGCUUGUGAUUCUCUUGGAUAUUGACAACACGCUCUACCGCGACAAGGAGCACGGUGAGUUAAUGCGCCAGAUGCGGGUCGGUCUUGUGGAGUACGUUGCGAAUUUGUUGCAGCUCCCACCGCAGGAGGCCGAGGCCCACGUUUUGCACUACUACCAAAAGUAUGGUCUCACCAUCGCUGGGUUGGUGCGAGAAAUGAAGUGUUCGGAUGCGAAGGCGGUCACCGACUUUGUGUACAGUCGCUGCGACUUUAGCCGACUGCCGGAGGACCCCGGGCUGCGGGAGGUGUUGUCACGUCUGGGGCAAAGCCAUCACAUCUACUACUUGACCAACGCCCCAAGAAGGCACGCCGAAACGGUGUUGCAACGACUUGGCCUCAGUACGGAUGACUUUGUGAUGAAUGGAUUCACCUACGAGGAUCAGUGGGCGUCGACGGCGCCGACUAUCUGUAACAAGCCGCAUAGGAAUGCAUACAUUGCCGUCAUUGAGGCUGUGAGCAAGGGACUGGGGUAUGCCGAAUGGUUAACGGCGGAGUGUGUGGUGAUGGUUGACGACACCGCCAGCAACCUGCUUGAGCCGCUGGCGUUGGGAUGGAACGCAGUGUGGGUCUCUCAUGGCAAUCCCAUUCCGGAUUCGCUUCUGGCGCAUAUUAAUACUGGGAAACUUUUCUGUAUGAAGGACAGCAGUGCACUUGAGGACGUCAUUGGUCAGAUCACACUCAAGAGGAGUCAAUAG